AUGGCGAUGACGACAGUGCGGCGCCGUGCGGUGUAUGCCCUGGCGGUGCUUGCGCUGCUGUGCGGCUGCUGCUCCUCCGUGUGCGGGGCGACGACCUCGUCGGAGAAAGUAAAUGUAUUGUGCCCGAACAAUGAAGGGAAGAUAUGUUGGCGUGUUUCUGGCGAAGGUUCUUCUGAUUGGAAGGAGUGUUCGCAGGCGGUGAAUUAUGAUGGGUCCCUUACCGCUGGGACGGCCAGUGCAGACAGCAGUGAAAGUGAAUCCAUCUGCAUACAUGCCGAAUCAUGGUGUUUGUCCUUCUUGGGGAAGAAUUAUCCGUCACCCCCACAAUUGAAGAUCACUAAUGAUGCUGCGUUCACGAUGGACUGUACGACGGGUGAAAACAGUCAACCUUCUGAGCUGUCGAACUGCGAAGCCGUUACCCUCGACAGAAGUAAGGAAUAUCCAGUUAGCACUUCAGGCAAGUGUGAGUUAUUACACAUACAACCCGCAGCUGGAGCGAUGCCUGGGCACCAAACUCCGGGGGUUCAACCACAAACAGCAACAACGUCAUCUUCGGAGGGAACUCAGCAGGGCGGACGUUCGGCAGGCAGCAGUGCAAGUACUGGAGUCUCUCCUCCUAAUGCUGCUGAGCAGUCGGGCAGUACGGGAUCCACAGGGAGUCAGGGAACAGUAACAUCACCGGCUGACGGUGCGGAUUCAUCAAAAGCCACAGGAGACGGUGUGGUGCAAGCACCCUCAGCCUCUGCACAGCCAUCCGGCACCUCCACUUCCAUCACUCCCGCUGGCAACGAUGGUGGAAGCGCCACUACAACCACGACCAGCAGCAGCCCCAGUGGUGGGAAACACACAAAAGGCAAUGCGGACGGCAGCGACACGCUCACUGUGUGGGUGCGUGGCACGCUGCUGCUGCUGCUGACGGCUGCUGUUGCCUGUGCUGCUGGGGAGUGA